UUACAAAACUAUACUUUCAGGUAUAGUUUAAGUUUCACUAUCUUACCACCGCAACACGUUUAAGAUAUUUUACAGCAGGGAUUUGCAAGUCUACUUUUGUUAUUCAAUACCUAUUUUGUCAUCUUUUCCACCCCCUGGAACCACUGUAGCAGCCAAAGCUGUCCAAGAAGUCACACAGAAGAUAUAUGCAAAAUACACAAAAUGAAGAUCCUGAAAUGAGUCGCAGAGCUGCGAGACGCUACUUGAACAUGCACUGGGGAACUGAAGGAGGCAAUUAUGGAAGCCAUCUUUGUAUCAAACUAAAAGAGAACAUCAAUGUGAACUGUUACCUCCUCAGCCAACAUGGCCACCAUCCAAUACAUGUAGCCCUACACAUGGGAUUUCACCGUGUUAUACCAGACCUGGUGAAGCACGGAGCAAGAGUAAAUCACCGAGAUGAUACUGGCCAAACUGCUCUUCACCUGGCUUCUGAAACUCUCAACCAACCAGCAAUUAAACUUUUACUCCACUGCGGAGCAAACGUAAAUCUCACAACAACAGGUACCGACGAAACGGCACUUCACUUAGCAGUGUGGUCUUCAUCGUGCAAGGCUGCCGUCAUCUUAGCCGCAGGCAGGCAAUGUGUGGAGUUACUGUUACUCAAUGGAGCAAAUGUGCACCUGAAAAACUGGGAAGGGCAUGAAGCCAUUCACAGAGCUUGCCAAAGUGGCAGAGAAGACAUAAUUAACCUUCUACUCAGUUAUGGUGCGGAUGCUAACUCCUUAACGAACCAGGGAGAGACUCCGCUUUUUCUGUUCCUUGAGAAAACUAUCAAUAUAAGAAAAACAAGACUACUGAAGAAAUUGCUAAGCCUAUCAUAUCCUCUGAAACUAGCUAAUUAUGAAGGUCGUCUCCCCAAAGUGCUUCAACUCUCAAGUUGUGAACAUCUAAAAGACAUGCUUAUCCAAGUGUCUUUAGAAGUCUGGUCCUUGCAGGAUAUCUGCAAAUUCAACAUCAAGAAAAUAUAUAGCGGAAACAUGAAAUACCAGCUAAAAGGAAUCAUACCAACCCUACUAUGGAAUUCCAUGUAUGUUCAAAAAGAGUCCUCAUAUGCUUCAAAAGCAAGAAAUGUCUGGUGAAUGAGCCCGUCAGACAGGAACAGCAGAAAUGAAACACCACACACUAACCAAUGAACUAAUGAAUAAACUUGACAGCCUUAGAUUCA